AGACACAGCUGUUCUCCGUGGCGGCUAUAGGGAAGCUAACAGGCUCGAGUCAGUCAGCACUGAAAAAUCGGGAGUGUCUGAUCAUCCGUGGCACACCAACAGCCCUUCUUGGAAUCCGAAGCUAACAUGGGAAAAGGUGGAGGCACGUUCGAGAGGCUUCUCGAUAAAGCCACCAGUCAGCUGCUGCUGGAAACCGAUUGGGAGUCGAUUCUGCAGAUCUGUGAUCUCAUUCGUCAAGGAGACGCACAAGCAAAGAAUGCUAUUGCGGCCAUUAAAAAGAAGCUGAACGACAAAAAUCCUCAUGUGGCUCUUUAUGCACUAGAGGUUCUGGAGUCCGUGGUGAAGAAUUGUGGACAGACUGUGCACGAUGAGGUGGCAAGCAAGCAAACCAUGGAGGAACUAAAAGAGCUUCUUAAGAAGCAGACAGAACCGAAUGUCCGGAACAAGAUCCUCUACCUGAUUCAGGCUUGGGCUCACGCCUUCCGCAACGAGCCAAAAUACAAGGUUGUCCAGGACACCUAUCAGAUAAUGAAAGUGGAAGGUCAUGUUUUCCCUGAGUUUAAGGAGAGUGAUGCCAUGUUUGCAGCAGAGAGAGCUCCAGACUGGGUUGAUGCCGAGGAGUGUCACCGGUGCAGAGUCCAGUUUGGAGUUAUGACGAGAAAGCACCAUUGUCGAGCUUGUGGACAGAUUUUCUGUGGAAAGUGUUCGUCUAAGUACUCCACCAUUCCAAAGUUUGGCAUUGAGAAGGAAGUGCGCGUGUGCGAGCCCUGCUUUGAGCAGCUCAACAACCACCCCUCCCUCUCUCCUCCCCUUAGAAAAGCUGAAGGGAAAGCUCCUACUGCAGGUCUGGCCGAGCUGCCACCCGAGUAUCUGACCAGCCCUCUGUCCCAACAGUCCCAGAUGCCUCCCAAGAAAGAUGAAGCAGCCCUCCAGGAGGAAGAGGAGCUGCAGCUAGCGAUUGCCCUUUCCCAAAGUGAGGCUGAAGAGAAGGAACGGAUGAGACCAGAGAGGACAUCAAAUCUGACAGGUCUGCAUGGUCACUUACAGAGACACAAGAAUUCCUAUUCAGUGUAUCCUAAAACGGAUCCAACCCCCGUGACUUCCUCUGCUCCACCAGUCAGCACCCUUUACACCCCCCCUGUGAACUCUUCUGCUCCAUUAGCUGAGGAUGUGGACCCUGAGCUGGCUCGUUACCUGAACAGAACUUAUUGGGAGAAGAAACAGGAAGAGGCUCGAAAGAGCCCCACCCCUUCAGCCCCUGCCCCUGUGUCUUUAGCUGAACCUCUGCCUGCAGUCAGCCAGCCUGUGGAGAGUCAUGUCCCUGUUCAGCCUGUCAGCAUCAUAGAGCAACCGUACCAGAACGGCGAGUCCGAGGAGAACCACGAGCAGUUCCUGAAGGAUCUGCAGUAUGCCGUCACGACCUUCCUUAACCGCAUGAAGAGCAACCACAUGCGUGGGCGCAGCAUCACCAACGAUAGUGCAGUGCUCUCACUCUUCCAGUCCAUCAACAACAUGCAUCCACAGCUGCUGGACAUCCUCAACCAGUUGGACGAAAAGCGCCUGUAUUAUGAGGGACUGCAGGACAAGCUGGCCCAGGUGCGUGACGCUCGAGCCGCCCUGAACGCGCUUCGAGACGAACACAGAGAGAAGCUGAGGAGGGCUGCAGAGGAUGCGGAGAGACAGCGGCAGAUCCAGCUGGCACAGAAGCUGGAGAUCAUGAGGCAGAAGAAGCAGGAGUAUCUGGAGAUGCAAAGACAGCUGGCCAUUCAGCGCCUCCAGGAGCAGGAGAAGGAGAGGCAGAUGCGUUUGGAGCAGCAAAAGCACACAGUCCAGAUGAGAGCCCAGAUGCCGGCUUUCUCUCUGCCUUACGCUCAAAUGCAAUCUUUACCCCCGAAUGUCGCGGGAGGCUUGGUUUACCAGCCAGGGGCCCCGCCCAGUUACCCUGGCACUUUCAGCCCUGCUGGUUCUGUAGAGGGUUCACCCAUGCACAACAUCUAUAUGAGUCAGGCCGGGCAGGCUGGACCGGGUCAGUACCAGGCCAUGCCCCCCUCUUCGACAGAUCCAAAUAUGGUGAAUGCUUACAUGUACCAGGCUGCGGGCACCAACGGGCAACCUCCCCCUCCCGCCGGUCAAGCCCCUCCCGCUACCACUCCUGCUUACUCGAACUAUCAGCCCACACCGGCCUACCAGAAUGCAGUCUCCCAGGCACAGAGCAUGCCCCACAUGUCGCAGGCGGCCCCCACCAACGGCAUGGGUUACAUGGGUUACCAACCCUACAACAUGCAGAACAUAAUUUCCGCUUUGCCUGGGCAGGAUCCCAAUAUGCCCCCCCAACAACAAUACAUGUCAGGCCAGCAGCCCAUGUACCAGCAGGUGGCGCCACCUGGUGGUUCCCAACAGCAGCAACCACAGGCACAACAGCAAGCGCCUCAGGCAGCCCCUUGCAGCACAGAGGCACAGCUCAUUUGCUUCGACUAAAAGCCUUCAUGCCUCUCCGUCAGACACUACAUCUUCUCUCCUCCUUCGGUCCUUCCCUCCUCCCCCCUUGCCUCUGGACUUGGUGUGAUCUUGUGAAAUAUCGUGAACUUUAGUUUUCCUCACCCCCACUUCCCUCUAGUACGGGAAAAUAAAGGGUUAAAGCUGCAAUGGAGAGCUUCAUGACCCAGGUCCCUCACCUCUUCCUUCCAUCAUUUCAACUGAUGCAUAUGUGGUAUUUACUUCUAAAAGAAUAACAAGCGCAGAAGUAGUCAACAAAAUUCAACUUGAAAUGAAUAGAAAAAAUGAUACUAAGUUAGGACUGAAGAGAGACACAAACAUCCUUUGUAUCAUAUUUUUCUAACUUAACUCUGCAUGUUAAAAUUGAGAUUAUCUGCUGGAAUGAUCACAUCCUGCUCGGACAUUUUGGGUGGUGUUGAGAAACGUCUGUGCUGUUUUUAGAGAUUGUGAGUGUCACACCUGAAUGAAGAGGCAUUUAAUUACGUCUUCAUUUGGGGCGAGAUUUAACAUUCCAGAUGUAGUUUUUCCCAUCAUCCACACAAACUUUAUUUUAACAUAUAUUUAUGUGCUGCACAUACAGUUUUUUUUUUAAAUGUAGGUUCUUCACAACACAUGAAAGGGAUUCUACAAUGAAAACAAUGCUGCCUAACCUCUAGUAAUUACCCCGUAACAAAAAGUAAUAAUCAAAAAUGAACAGCUACUAUAAAUGAGAAAUCUUUCAGUUCAGAAAUCUUAAAAUAAAACUUAAUUCCUGAACUUGAAUAACAUGUUACCAAAUAUAAAGCCCCUUUCUAAGGCUAAAGGCAGCACAGAGCCUCCAGUUGCUGGAUCCUCCAUCCACUGGGUUGAUGUCCCGCAUUGGAAGAACGGCUGAGUGCUCAUCCAGUAUAUUUGACUAUUGAGAGGUGUUGCUGCAUGUUUGCGUCAAACUUUCCGACUGUGCUUUCUGUAACUUCCAUUCCCAACUGUGGACUUCCUUGUUCUGACUUACUGACUUUAAUUUUAAAAUUAUAUUUAAUAAACAUCAAGUUCUUACUGUCA